UUUGCAAAGUUUUUAUAUAGCUUUACAUAUAAAUGACAGAACACAUAUCGGAAGAAUAAACGCUUCACGUGCUUUAUCCCGUAUUACCACUUUAUCCCGUAUUAUCACUGUUUGUUGAUCGCGGAAGCAAACCCAGUCAUCUUCCAAUCUUCAUGAGACCAUAUCAUUUUUUUCGUGAACGUUUACAUGAGGUAAGUAGCGACGUUCGUGCGAAUGCCAUACGGUUACCACACUGUUGCUGGUUAAGGUGGAUAGGUGGGUAGGUAGGUAGGUAAGUAGAUAGGUAGGUAGGUAGGUGCGUGUAUGUAACAACAGGAAGAGAAUACUUUCACUGUCAGAGUCCGGCUGGGAGCUUUAGGAAGGACAAGAAGAAAACUAGGCACAAAUGAGAACGACAAAGAUAGUGAGAGUGAAAUGGAUGGAGGUAUAUCGGUGCAGUACCGUGCCGUUCUUCCGACUAUUAUUACCGACUUCACAGCGGACACUCGACUGUCGUCGCGUCACCUGAACAUUGAACUGCUGAGUGCGCACGCAUCCAAUAGUAUUAAUGUUUCCGUACUACUAUAUAAUAUUCCAAAAGUACUAUCCCAAUCAUUCUCAUCGUUCUGCACCAAAGAGGAAAUCUUUCAAGAUCUUUAAGAGACUCAGAGGGAAUAUAUGAUACAUAGAAAUUGCUCACCGGAAGUUACGAAAUUGGAAUUAUCCUAUAACGAUUACAAAACAAAGCAGUAUGGAAGCGAUUCAUCGAAAUCAAUGGAAGCGUCAUAAAAAAUAUAAACAUCGACGUAUCCUUCAAUGUUCGCAAGACUGAAAAGAUCAGUAGAUAGAGCCUCUAUUACAACAUUCCGUUACGACAAGCGAUGAAAUUCAAUGAUACAGCGAUGUUAAACUAAAGAGAUAAAAAUUCGCAAGGCAGAGUUAUAUUUUCGCCAAAAUGGUUUUCAGUGCGAUAGUAGUGACGUCAGCCUUGAAGAGCGCUAUCGGCUUAAUGGGUACAGGUUUAUGGCUCGUACCAUUGUUAAUUGCGGGUCUUUCUUACUAUCGUUACGAUCAACUGGAUCCUGAGAGUCGACUCAUCGACAGGCACCCUCUCUACUCUGAUUACGAUUUUAUUGUAAUUGGAAGCGGAUCGGCUGGAGCGGUAAUUGCUAGUCGACUAUCGGAAAUACCAAACUGGAAUGUGCUAUUGUUAGAGGCCGGCCCAGAUGAAAACGAAAUUACAGACGUGCCAUCUCUGGCUGCAUACUUGCAGUUGAGCACGUUGGAUUGGAAGUACAAGACUGAGGCUACAGGUAAAGCUUGCUUGGCUAUGAAGGGCGGUCGUUGUAAUUGGCCAAGAGGUAAAGUGAUAGGCGGAAGUAGUGUUUUUAACUACAUGCUAUAUGUGCGUGGUAAUAAACAAGACUACGAUCAUUGGGAAUCGCUCGGUAAUCCCGGUUGGGGAUAUGAUCAAGUUCUCUACUACUUCAAAAAAUCAGAAGACAAUCGGAAUCCAUACUUGCGGAGAAGUCCAUAUCACGCGACCGAUGGCUACCUAACAGUACAGGAAUCGCCGUGGAAGACUCCUUUAGUGGUUGCUUUUGUUCAAGCAGGCGUUGAAUUGGGAUACGAAAACAGGGACAUAAAUGGCGAAAAGCAGACGGGUUUUAUGAUAUCUCAAGGAACUAUUCGCAGGGGAAGCAGAUGUUCCACCGCGAAGGCUUUCUUGCGGCCUAUACGAUUACGCAAGAACAUUCAUAUAGCUAUGAAUAGUCACGUGACGAGAAUCGUGAUCGAUCCGUUAACUAUGAGAGCGAUUGGCGUCGAGUUUGUUAGGAAUGGUCGCAGACAAAUAAUAAGAGCACGGAAGGAGGUGAUAUUGUCAGCAGGUGCCAUUAACAGUCCUCAAAUUUUGAUGCUAUCGGGAAUCGGACCGAAGGAACAUCUACAACAUGUUGGUAUUCCUGUUAUCAAAGAUCUUCAAGUCGGCGAAAAUCUUCAGGAUCAUGUAGGAAUGGGCGGUUUGACAUUUUUGAUCGAUAAAUCAGUUGCUAUAGUUCAAGAUCGUUUUCAGGCGAUUCCGAUGAUGAUGCAUUAUGUGAUUAACGGCCGAGGUCCCAUGACGACCUUGGGUGGCGUUGAAGGUUACGCCUUUGUAAAUACAAAGUAUGCUAAUCACUCUAUCGAUUAUCCGGACGUGCAAUUCCAUAUGGCGCCAGCCUCCAUUAAUUCUGACGCGGGAAUACAAGUUCGGAAAGUUUUAGGGUUAACAGACGAAGUAUACAACACCGUCUACAGACCAAUUAACAAUCGAGACGCCUGGACCAUCAUGCCUCUUCUGUUAAGGCCCAAGUCUCGUGGCACUAUACGUUUGAGAAGUUCCAAUCCUUUUCAUCAUCCUAUUAUCAAUGCGAAUUAUUUUUCUGAUCCUAUGGACAUAGCCAUCUUGGUGGAAGGUGCGAAGAUUGCGCUCAAAGUCAGCGAGGCAAAAGUCUUUAAACAAUUUGGCUCAAAACUUCAUCGCGUCAAACUUCCGGGAUGUAAACACAUCAAAUUCGGUACCGAUGCUUACUGGGAAUGUCAUAUUCGACAUAUUUCUAUGACAAUUUAUCACCCGGUAGGAACAGCUAAAAUGGGACCACCGACUGACCCUACAGCCGUAGUGGAUCCUAGAUUGCGAGUUUACGGUGUCGCGGGUCUUCGAGUUAUCGAUGCAUCUAUCAUGCCGACGAUAUGCAGUGGUAACACAAACGCUCCUGUCAUUAUGAUCGGUGAAAAAGGUGCUGACCUCAUUAAACAAGAUUGGCUAUCACCAUCGACAGUUAAUCACGAAAUUAAACGUGAGCUCAGAAAAGAUAUCUUUUUCUUAACGGCGUGUACAUCGUUCGUAUACGCCGAUAUAUUUUUCUUGUUUGUUAGAUUGUAUAGUGAUAUGGAUAUUUACGCAUACAGUGACACUCGUAAAACAUGGACCUCAACGCCGGUAUAUAUGCCAGGCGAACGUCCAAGUGCUGUUUUCUAUUAUCGUGCCCCACUCGAGACACAUCCAAUAGUCAAUAAUCAACUUGCGCCGGACAAGAUGCCGAGUCUCCUUUACCUUCUCAGUGCCGCCGCCGUAAUUGUUCCAUUGCAGUCGAGCAGACAACCGAUAAUGAACAAAUACCACAAUCUUUACGGCAAUAAUACGAGCGAACGCGUGUUGACGAAUAUAUUUAAUUUUGGUAUCGGAGCUCUAAAUUUUCUACAACAAGGUCAACAUUAUAUGAACCACGAAAUACCGGAUAUGGUUCCGCAAUUUGGAGCAAUGUACGAUUUCGUGGUAAUAGGCGCCGGAACGGCCGGUGCCACGAUAGCUGCGAGGUUAAGUGAGAUUCAUCAGGUUGAAGUGUUAUUGAUCGAAGCUGGAACUAAAGAGAAUUUUCUUAUGGAUAUCCCGCUUCUCGUUCACAUGUUGCAGCUAAGCAACGAUAUCAAUUGGAAGUAUCAAACUAAAUCGUCCAACAAGUAUUGUCUUGGCAUGGAAGGCAACAGGUGUAACUGGCCUAGAGGCAAAGUAAUGGGCGGUAGCAGUGUGCUAAACUAUAUGAUUGCAACCAGAGGAGGCGCCGAGGAUUAUGAUCGAUGGGCUAAAAUGGGGAACAAGGGUUGGGCUUACAAGGAUGUCCUCAAAUACUUCAAAAAGCUGGAGACAAUCGAUAUCCCAGAGCUGCAAUCAGACAAUAUUUAUCACGGAACUAAGGGACCGUUACAUAUUUCUUAUUCGUUAUUCCAUACGCCAUUGGCAAAGGCUUUCUUAGAUGCUGGCAAAGAGCUGGGAUACCCGGAAUUGGAUUAUAACGGAAAGAAUAUGAUAGGAUUUUCGUAUGUGCAGACCACAUCGAUAAAUGGCACCCGCAUGAGCAGCAACAGAGCUUAUCUACACCCAGCAAGAAAUCGCCGGAAUCUUCAUGUGACACGUGAAAGCAAGGUGAAAAAAAUAUUGAUUGAUCGUCAUACAAAUCGGGCGAUUGGCGUGGAAUUUAUCAAACAUCGUCGAAUUAACAGGGUGUUUGCGAGUAAAGAGAUAAUUUUAUGCGCGGGUGCCAUCGGAUCACCACAAUUACUAAUGUUGUCUGGCAUCGGACCGGCCAAACAUCUUAGUGAGCUCGGCAUAAACGUCGUCCGGGAUUUGCCGGUUGGUAAAAAUCUGAUGGAUCAUGUAGCUUUUGGCGAUCUAACGUGGACAGUAGAUGAGCCAGUAAGUAUUCGAACAGAUAAUAUGAUGAAUCCCAUUCAUCCGUAUAUGAAAGACUUUCUGAUUAGACAAUCGGGACCAUUAACGAUCCCAGGUGGGUGCGAAGCCCUCGCUUUCAUUGACACAAAGCAUUCAACGAAACUUCAUGGUUUACCGGACAUUGAACUGCUAUUUAUUGGUGGUGGAAUGAAAGGAGAUAUAGUUCUACCGACUGUAAUGGGUUUGAACAAUGCAAUGCGUCAGAUAUGGAACAAAUAUAUCACCACUUACGGCUGGACCAUACUACCGAUGUUAUUAAAACCAAAAAGUCGUGGAUGGAUAAGACUAUUGGCCAACGACAUUAAUGUUAAACCUGAGAUCGUGCCAAAUUACUUCGACAAUCCGGAAGAUGUCAAGACGAUGAUAAACGGCAUUAAAGCUGCAAUAAGCGUCGGUCAAACGGAAGCAAUGAAACUGUAUGAUUCACGAUUGAUAAACGAUACUUUACCUACAUGUAAAAACUAUAAGUAUGAUUCUUACGAUUAUUGGGAGUGCGCGAUGAGGACGGCAUCUCUUACUAUCUAUCAUUAUAGUGGCACUUGCAAGAUGGGAUCGAAAGAAGAUCCGACUGCUGUCGUCGAUCCUAGAUUAAAGGUGAUUGGCAUUCAAGGAUUGCGAGUAGCAGAUGGUUCCAUUAUGCCUGAAAUUAUAUCAGCACAUACAAAUAUACCUAUUUUUAUGAUUGCUGAAAAGCUGGCAGAUAUGGUCAAAGAAGAUUGGGGAUACUUGAAUAAAUUAAUAUCCCAAUACGAUUGUCACAGUGUACAAGGAGGACACGCAAAAAAUAAUCGCUCUAUAGCGACUCAUUAUAAACGAACCUUAUACAGCAUGAAAACACUGUGGCUAUUCAUCAUAAUCGUGGCGACAAGCAGUGCUCAUAAUUUCUUAAACAAUGUCAAGAAUUAUAUUCAUUCAUUCGGAAAGGAGGAAAAAUUUACAAGCAAAAGCAAAUAUGAUUUUAUCAUCGUAGGUGCCGGAUCAUCAGGUUCUGUGUUAGCUAAUCGUUUAUCAGAGAAUGAGAAAUGGAAAAUUCUGUUACUAGAAGCGGGUUAUAUGCCAAACUUUUUAAAUCGGAUUCCAAUAUUUGUCGGCUAUUUUCAAUUAACUGGUUACAAUUGGGGUUACAAUGUAGAACCACAAAAGAAUGCCUGUCUAGGGAUGGUGAAUCGUCAGUGUGCUUGGCCGCGAGGUAGAGGUUUAGGUGGCACGAGUAUCUUGAACUAUAUGAUCCAUACACGUGGGAACAAACUUGACUACGACCAAUGGGCUAGUUUGGGCAACGUGGGCUGGUCUUACAUGGACGUUCUGCCAUAUUUUAAAAAAAGUGAAAGAUUUAAUAUACCAGGUUUCAAGAAUUCUUCAUAUCAUAAUGAAAACGGUUAUAUAUGCGUGGAACAUGUCCCAUAUCAUACAAAGUUGGCGACUGCGUUUCUAAAUGCUGGACAAGAAUUGGAAUAUAAAAUUGUGGAUUACAAUGGCCAAGAUCAGAAAGGUUUCUCGUACAUCCAGGUGAACAUAGAUCAUGGAAAGCGUUGCACUGGCGGCACGACCUAUCUCGGGCAGAUCAAUCGACCGAACUUGGAGAUUAUCACCGGUGCUAGAGUGACCAAAAUACUAAUCGACGCGGAUAAUCGAGCUUACGGCGUUGAAUACAUCAAGGAUACCGUAUGGAAGAAAGUGACUUGCUCAAAGGAAGUUUUAUUAUCAGCCGGUACAAUUGACUCGGCGAAAUUGUUAAUGUUGUCAGGAAUUGGACCAAAAGAACAUCUUGAAGAAUUGAACAUCCCAGUGAUUCAAGACUCCAAGGUCGGUUACAGUAUGUACGAACACGUCGGUUUCCUAGGAUUAACUUUCAUGGUGAAUCAGAGCGAGUCGCUGCUACAAAGCAGGCUGCUUAAUCCAAACUUGUUGCUGGAGUACCUUCUAUACAAACGUGGCCCGAUGUCGAUUCCAGGAGGUGCAGAGGCACUAGCAUUCAUCAGUACCAAAUACGCUCCUGACGAGAGACCGGACGUUGAACUUCUCUUUGUGUCUGGUUCUCUACAUUCGGACAAUGGUCAGGUUUUAAAAAAAGCUCUAAGACUUUCAGAUGAUCUGUACGAUACCAUCUUUAAACCGAUCGAAGAGCAGGACGCCUGGUCUAUCUGGCCGAUCGUUCAACAUCCUAGAAGCGUCGGCCGUCUCACAUUGCAAUCGAAGAACCCAUUCGAGCCACCCAAAAUGGAUCCAAACUUUUUCAGCCAUCCGGUCGAUAUAGAGAUUAUUCUGGAAGGAAUAAAGCACGCUAUCAACAUAUCCAAAACCAAAGCCUUUCAGGCUUACGGCAGUCGAUUGCAUGAUUUAAAAAUACCAGGCUGUAAACAGUUUGAAUUUGCUUCCGAUGAUUAUUGGCGUUGUGCCAUCAAGCAUCUGCCAUCCAUGAUGAAUCAUGAAAUAGGAACCGUCAAAAUGGGACCUCGGACGGACACUUAUGCUGUCGUUGACCCGCAGCUAAGAGUGUACGGAAUCAAGGCACUUAGAGUAGUGGACGCUUCAAUUAUGCCUACGAUACCUAAUGGCCACGUGAAUGCGGGAAUAUAUAUGAUUGGCGAAAAAGCUGCAGAUAUGAUAAAAGAAUCUUGGAAAAAUGAGUGAUAAGAUUCGCUUUUGUUGAAAGGCUCAAGGAAUUAUAUGGAUAUCAACAUUAAAUAUUGCAGCGUUAUAAGAUAUAAGGAAUGCGCAUAUAUUUACAUCUCUUUUUUCUCACUCUCUAAAUCUGAAUAAAUGGAUAAUCACUAAUA